CCCUCAGUCUCGCUGCCCCCGGCGCCCCGCGCUCGCUCAGCACCCGGUCUGGGACAGACAACUCAGUGAGUGGUGGCUCAGAGGCCAGCUGUGGCUGUUCCAGCUUUCCCCUGUGGAGUGCUCGGGGCCUGAAGACCAGGUUCCCGGUGACUGCUGCCUCUGCAGGCCUCCGGGAUCAUGUGGUACACCAGCACCCGGGGCUUGGCCCCACAGGUCGACUUUGAAGGGGCCCUCUUCUCUGGCUAUGCACCUGAUGGGGGCCUCUACAUGCCCCGGGAGCUCCCACAGCUGGACAGAGACACCUUGUGUCGUUGGAGCAAGCUGUCCUAUCCCAGCCUGGUGAAGGAGCUCUGCUCCCUCUUCAUUGGCCCUAAGCUCAUUCCAAGAGCUGAGUUAAAUGACCUGAUCGACCGUGCCUUCUGCAGAUUCCGCCACAAAGAGGUGGUUCAUUUGUGCAGGCUGAAGAAUGGGCUGAAUGUGUUGGAGUUGUGGCAUGGAGUCACAUAUGCCUUUAAGGACCUGUCCCUGAGCUGUACAGCCCAGUUUCUGCAGUACUUCCUGGAAAAGAGGGAGAAACAUGUUACCGUGGUUGUAGGAACUUCUGGGGACACUGGGAGUGCUGCCAUUGAGAGUGUUCAAGGGGCAAAGAACGUGGACAUCAUUGUUCUGCUGCCCAAAGGUCGCUGCUCGAGGAUCCAGGAGCUCCAGAUGACCAGCGUGGUGGAGGACAACGUCCACGUGUUUGGGGUGGAGGGAAGCAGCGAUGAGCUGGAUGAGCCCAUCAAGGCUGUGUUCGCUGAUGUGGCCUUUGUCAGGAAGCACAAUCUGAUGAGCUUGAAUUCCAUCAACUGGUCUCGGGUCCUGGUGCAGAUGGCUCACCACUUCUUCGCUUAUUUCCAGUGUGCCCCUCCCUUGGGCACUCACCCCCUCCCUCCUGUGGAAGUGGUUGUGCCCACGGGGGCUGCCGGAAACCUUGCAGCUGGGUGCAUUGCUCAGCAGAUGGGCCUGCCCAUCCACCUGGUGGUGGGCGUGAACCACAAUGACAUCAUCCACAGGACCGUCCAGUGGGGAGACUUCUCCCUGUCCGAAGCGUUCAGACCAACCUUGGCAUCAGCCAUGGACAUCCAGGUGCCCUACAACAUGGAAAGGAUCUUCUGGCUGCUCUCUGGCUCUAACAGCGAGGUGACAAGAGCCCUCAUGGAGCAAUUUGAAAGGACCCACACUCUGCAUCUACCCAAGGAACUGCACAGCAAGCUUUUACAGGCGGUGACAUCGGAGUCGGUGUCGGAUGAAGCCAUCACCCGGACCAUGGCCCGCUGCUGGGAGGAGAACCAGUACCUGCUGUGCCCUCACUCGGCCGUAGCCGUGAGCUACCAUUACCAGCAGACGGACAGGCAGCAGCCCAGUGCCCCCCGGUGCUGCCUGGCCCCUGCCUCUGCGGCCAAGUUCCCCGAAGCAGUCCUAGCUGCGGGGCUGACCCCCAGCACCCCUGCGGACAUCCUAGCCCUGGAGCACAAGCAGACGCGCUGCACCCCAAUGCGGAGAGGGGAUAACUGGACACAGAUGCUUCGGGACGCCGUCGAGGCCCUGAGCCAGAGGUGGAAGGGGCAGGCUGUCACUGCCUAGCAAUGGCCGGCCCGGCUGGAGUUGGCUUCCGCUAGGCCUUCCGACCCCGGGAGGGGGCGCCCUUGAGCUGCCUCC